GGGGGUACGAGCGGCCAGUCACGGGAGUUCGCGUCGUCUCUAAUAACGCGUCCAAUUUCGCUGCACUCUUAUCCCUGACGUCUGCUGGAUGGCAUCUCCGUGACAGAACAGAGAGCAGCGAGCAAUGUAUGGAGUUGGCCUGGUUCCAGAUUCCGGAUUCCAGGAUCACGGCAACCGACCUGAAACAAUCCACGAUCUAUUAGGAUUGGUCUCGAAUUGUCUCGGAUUUCCGUCAGACAUGGAAGGUUCCCCGGCGUCCCCGUUGGACUAUCUCCCGGUCGAUAUCCAGCAGCAACUGCUGCGUCAGUUCUUAUUGGACUGGCCUGCAGCAAUCAGUUCGCGGGACUGGUCUCGAAUCUUCUCUGAUUCUGCUCGAAACAAGCGGCGUUCUCCGUUAGAGAACCUCCCAGCCGAGAUCCGGCGGGAAGUGCUGUUAUUGUUGGACUUUCGGGAGCUGCUCGCCCUCGUCAAUGCGUCUCCCGUGUUCCACGAACAGUAUCUGGCAGACCACAAGUCUGUUAUGUGCAGCUGGCUGCAGAGAGCCCUUGGGGACGCCGCGAUUGAGGCGCGUGCUGUGCAUCAGGCCGGUAUAGUCGGUAGUCUAGAUCCUGACUCGCCCGAGUGGCCAGAUGUACUACGGCGUUUCCUCGACACAUAUCGGGCUCGGUCUUCCCGCGUUCAGUCGGACCGCGUGAUCCCCUUCGCGGCAUUGCCUAAACACGAAGUCAAGUACUUGAUCUUCUUCCACCUGAACGUCAUCCUACCCUUAUCUCGAAGAUUCACGAGCUGGGCUUCGAUGAAUCUGGCCAAGAUGGCCAAAACCGAAUACUACGCACCACUGCUCAGCAGGGCCGAAGAGACACGAGUUGUACGCGCCCUUUACCGGUUCCAGCUAUGUUGCUGCCUCUUUGGCCGGGCCACGUGCGGGGAUGACGAGGGAUCAGAUUGGGGCAACAGAGUACCUCUGUCUAUGACAGGGUUUUUCGAUACCAUGGAGCCCUGGGAGAUCGAGGAAGUGGCGUGCAUCUGCGACUGGAUCAUGGAGGAAUACGAGUAUGUGUUUCGUGCCAUUCAGUGGGAUGUGCACCCGGACAAUCCCCGGUUCAAGGACCAAGGAGGAACUAAUACGUCCGACGGGUCCUUCGACUUGGAGAAUGAAGAGCACCGGAGCGAUCUUCUAGUGGGUACUCUGGCUUGUGGCCUAGAGCCAUUGGAAAAAGUCCUGUUCCGGACCCAAACCCACGACGAUCUUGUUGCGACGAUGCAAACCUACGUGGGCGACAACGGGUCUUUUGAUCCAGUAUGUUGUUGGUGGAAAGAACCCCAGCAGGCCAAGCGAGAGGCUGAGAUCUCUUCGGGACAGAGGCUGCAGCAACGGCCGCGGGACCAUAGUCCAGUGCAAUGGAGCGACGAUGUCGUCAAGGUCGAGAGUGGCUCACCGAAUUUUGCCUGGACGUUCCUAUGGAACAACACAUAUAGCAACCUGUACGGAGAAUUCAUCCCGAACAACCUCACUCACUGGGGAUAUGUCAUGUGGGACUUCAGUAGGCUUGUGAGAAUGGGCGCCAUGUCAGUGUUGGACCGCAAGUGGCUGGAGCUACACAGAGGGGGGGACCCAAGAGGGCACCCAGGGGUUCCGCCGCUAUAAGCAGGGAGUUUGGAAGAGGUGGUUAGUUCGUAAAGUUUGAAGGUCUGUUGAGACUGAGAACAGUUGGUGUAACAUUUGGGU